UUCGGUUUUUACGCUCUAUUGGGUCGAAAGAAAAACUUCCCGCCUUCACCGUCUGGGAGUUGGCCCGUUGUCGGACACCUGCCGCUGCUUGGGAGGGAAGCGCCGUACCAGAAGUUGACGGAAUGGCGGCAAGAGUACGGAGACGUCUACAGCAUAAGGAUGGGGAUGUCGGACGUGAUCGUUCUGAACGGGCACCGCGCCAUCAAGGAGGCGUUGGUGGACAAAAGGGAGAUCUUCGCCGACAGACCUGACAACUUCAUCGUGGAUGGUAUGUCUGGAUGGGGGCAAGGUAUCGCAACCACCAAGUGGAGCCAGUCGUAUAGAGAGAGGAGACGGUUCGCGACAACCGCCUUAAAGACGCUCGGAAUGAAGGCAGGGAGCGACAGUGUCGAGAAAAGCGUCUUAGAAGAGGUGCACGGUCUUGAAGAUCGGAUAUUGCAGAGUAAGGGACAACCCAUUCACUUGUCAGGGGACCUGGGUAUCGCCACAGCCAACGUCAUAGCCUCCAUGGUCUUCGGCAGGCGCUUUGAGUACGACGACUCGUACUUCCGCGGCCUUACCGACGCCUUGUUACUAGCCUACAUCAAGAUAGCAGAGAGCCAGGCCAUCAACGUGUUCCCCGCGCUACGGUUUGUGCCAAUCGGUGAGGAUGUAGGUCUAAAGUAG